CCUGUCAGCGCGGGUCUGUUGACACUUCGUGGGAGAACCCAACGUGAAAGGAAUUGAGGUUCCUCCUCAUUUUUGCGUUAGUUUUGUAGAAUUAGAACAUUAAAAUGAGCCUAUGGGUGGACAAAUACAGGCCUACCUCCUUGGGGAAACUGGACUAUCACAAAGAUCAGGCAAACCAGCUGAAGAAUUUGGUACAAUGUGGUGAUUUCCCACACCUGCUGGUUUACGGUCCAUCCGGCGCAGGGAAGAAGACCCGGAUAAUGUGUUUAUUGAGGGAGCUCUAUGGUCCCGGAGUGGAGAAGCUUCGCAUUGAACAUCAGUCCAUUACGGCACCAUCGAAAAAGAAGAUUGAAAUCAACACUAUAGCGAGCAACUAUCACUUGGAAGUAAAUCCGAGUGAUGCUGGGACCAGUGAUCGUGUGAUUAUUCAGGAGCUCAUCAAAACUGUUGCACAGUCUCAGCAGAUCCAGUCCAGUACACAGAGAGAGUUCAAAGUGGUGCUACUGACAGAGGUAGACCGACUAACCAAGGACGCCCAGCAUGCCUUGCGGCGGACUAUGGAGAAGUAUAUGGCCACCUGCAGGCUUAUCCUGUGCUGCAACUCCACAUCCAAGGUCAUCUCCCCAAUCCGCAGCAGAUGCCUGGCUGUGCGGGUGCCACUGCCCAGUGUGGAGGAGGUGUGUGCUGUCCUGACCAGUGUGUGCAGGAAGGAGGGCCUAUUGCUUCCAGCAGAGCUAGCCAAGCAGAUUGCUGAAAAGUCAGGCCGCAACCUUCGCAAGGCAUUGCUCAUGUGUGAAGCUUGCCGUGUCCAACAGUAUCCCUUCUCAACAGACCAAGACAUACCUGAGGCAGACUGGGAGGUAUACUUGAGAGAGACAGCCAACGCUAUUGUCAGCCAGCAGAGUCCUCAAAGGCUUCUGGAGGUGCGUGCUCGACUCUAUGAACUUCUCACCCACUGCAUCCCUCCGGAAAUAAUCAUCAAGGGUCUGGUGUCAGAGCUUCUAAGUAACUGUGAUGGACACCUGAAGGCUGAGGUAGCCCAGAUGGCAGCAUAUUAUGAGCAUCGGCUGCAACUGGGCAACAAGGCAAUCUACCACCUGGAAGCUUUCGUGGCAAAGUUUAUGGCCAUCUACAAGAAGUUCAUGGAGGAUGGACUGGAUGGCAUGAUGUUCUGAUGUGUGCUCACCUCUUGCUUUUUCAUUUUCAUAAAAAAUCAUUUCACCUGGUAAAAAUUGGUUACUCAUUACAGCCCCUGGGGUGCUGGAACC